AUGUCUACCUCUACCUCCGCCAUCAAGCUGCGCCGCAAGAAGAAUGUCAAGAAGGGAAUCCAAUUCUGUCUGAUGGUCUGCGGCACCUCGGGCACUGGCAGGACCACCUUCGUCAACACUCUCUGCGGGCGCCAGGUCCUCACCCCGCUCGACACUGAUGACCCGACGACUGCGCACCUUGAGGAGGGUGUCAAGAUCAAGCCAGUCACCGUAGAGUUGGAGUUGGAUGAGGAGGGCACGAGAGUGUCAUUGACCAUUGUGGACACUCCAGGCUUUGGCGACAGCAUUGACAAUGAGGCUUCGUUCAGCGAGAUCUCCAGCUACCUUGAGCGUCAAUAUGAUGACAUUCUGGCAGAGGAGAGCAGAAUCAAGCGUAACCCUCGUUUCAGGGACAACAGAGUCCACGUACUCCUAUACUUCGUACAGCCAACCGGUAUGGGCCCUACGCCAACCAUUCAUCUCGCACUCUGCUGACAUUAUCUACAGGACACGGUCUCCGCGAGCUCGAUAUCGAACUCAUGCGCCGUCUCAGCCCACGUGUCAACGUUAUCCCAGUCAUUGGAAAGGCCGACUCCCUCACCCCGCUCGAACUGGCAGAGAGCAAGAAACUGAUUAUGGAGGACAUUGAGCACUACCGCAUUCCGGUUUACAAUUUCCCCUACGACAUUGAAGAGGAUGAUGAGGACACUGUUGAGGAAAAUGCCGAGCUUCGCGGUCUCAUGCCCUUUGCUAUCGUUGGUUCGGAGGAGGUCAUCGAACUUGAUGGCAAGCGCGUCCGUGCUCGUCAAUACCCAUGGGGUGUUGUCGAAGUCGACAAUCCAAGGCACUCAGACUUCCUCGCCAUUCGAUCCGCGCUCUUACACUCGCACUUGGCAGACUUGAAGGAGAUUACCCACGAUUUCCUGUACGAAAACUACCGUACCGAGAAGUUGUCCAAGAGCGUGGCCACCUCCAACGACAACACGGGCGUCAACCCAGAGAGCGAUAGCCUGGACCCACAGUCGCUUGCAUCGCAAUCUGUACGUCUCAAGGAGGAGCAGCUUCGCCGCGAGGAGGAGAAGCUGCGCGAGAUCGAGGUCAAGGUGCAGCGCGAGAUCAACGAGAAGAGACAGGAGUUGCUAGCGCGGGAGUCGCAGCUCAAGGAGCUCGAGAGCCGCAUGGUGCGAGAGCAGACGCCAAGCCAGCCAAUUGUCAACGAGGACGACGAGACGGAGGUCGGGGCCUUGCACUAG